UCGUUUUCAAUUCUAAUUCUUCUUCUUCUUUUUUGGUGAUUGUGUUGCUUUGCUUAGUCUCUAAGCAAGAUUGCUUCAAAUCGUCUCCAGAAGGAGCUUGUUGAAUGGCAGGUCAAUCCCCCCGUUGGAUUCAAUCACAAGGUCACCGAUAAUCUCCAAAGGUGGGUAAUUGAAGUGAAUGGAGCUCCGGGAACUCUCUAUGCUAAUGAAAAGUAUCAGCUUCAGGUUGAUUUUCCCGAGCAUUAUCCCAUGGAAUCUCCACAGGUUAUAUUUCUGCAACCAGCGCCUCUGCACCCUCACAUCUAUAGCAAUGGUCACAUUUGUUUAGAUAUCUUGUAUGAUUCGUGGUCCCCAGCUAUGACUGUUAGUUCUAUCUGUAUCAGCAUUCUCUCCAUGCUAUCAAGUUCCACGACUAAGCAACGCCCAGAAGAUAAUGAUCGCUAUGUAAAGAAUUGUAGAAAUGGCAGAUCUCCGAAGGAGACCAGGUGGUGGUUCCAUGAUGAUAAAGUGUAAUAACAGAGCAUCUUCCCCUUUUGGGUUAUAUGCUCAAGUAGCUUAGAGGCUGCCUCGUCUUCUUUUUUAACUGAAAUUCUGAAAUAAAGAAAGAAAAAAAGGGUUUAAACAAAAAGAUUCUGAAAAACCAAGGGCUAGGGUGAAGGAUUUAAUUUAUGUAUUAUGGUGUAAAUUGGCUGGUCCUGGUAUUUGUAAAUGAAGAGCAAAAGUUACUUCUUUGUGGUCCACUCAUUGUAAGAGAUGCUUUUGACCUAAACUCAAUGCCAAUACAUAAUUCUGUUUCUCUAUCAUAAA